AGUCCCACUGGGUGCGAGGAUACACAAUAUAUACUUGAAUAAUAAGCACUUCUGUGUUUCUCCCCGGAAAAUUUUAAUUUUGGGGAAAAACAAAUCCCUAGUACCAACAAUGACGGAAGCGCACGGCGAUGCCGGAGUUUCGCCGGCGAAGACGGCUACGGCGACGGUAGAGCCUCAAAAUGACGGAAAGGCCCUCGGGGAGGAAGAGGAGGAGGAGCCUUGUGGCGUUGUCUUGUCGAAGAACGCGCAGAAGAAGCUGGCGAAGCAGCAGAGGUGGGAGGCGAAGAAGGCGGAGAAGAAGGCGGCGGAGAAGGAGCAGAAGAGGAAGGAGGUUGAGCGGAAGCGGAAGGAGUGGGAAGAGAGCCUGGCCGGUCUCACUGAGGAGGAGAGAGCGAAGCUUGUGGAGUCGCGAAUGAGUCUCCGUAAGGAGAGGAUGGAGAAGAGGAACGUGGAGAAAGAUUGCAGAAGGGAGAGACUCAAUCGAGCUAAAGACGAAGGCCAAAACGUCGUCGUUGAUCUCGAAUUCUCUCACCUCAUGAACCCUAACGAAAUCCGCAGCCUCGUUCAGCAGGUUAUGUAUUGCUAUGCGGAGAAUGGAAGAUGUGCUUCCCCUGCUCAUCUUUGGCUCACUGGCUGCGAAGGGGAAAUGGGAAACCAGUUGAAAAGGAUUCCGGGCUUUGAUAAGUGGAUAAUAGAGACGGAAAACAGGUCCUAUAUUGAAGCAUUGCAAGAUCGUAAGGAAAAUUUGGUGUAUCUCACGGCAGAUUCAGAAACUGUUCUUGAAGAGCUUGAUUUGAAGAAGAUAUAUAUUAUUGGUGGGUUAGUGGAUAGGAACCGGUGGAAGGGUAUAACCAUGAAGAAAGCACAAGAGCAAGGAAUCCAGACAGCUAAACUCCCAAUUGCAAAUUUCAUGAAGAUGUCUAGUUCUCAGGUUCUUACUGUGAAUCAAGUGGUAGAAAUACUACUCAAGUUCCUAGAGACAAGGGAUUGGAAGACUUCUUUCUUUAGUGUUAUCCCUCAGAGGAAAAGAUGUCAAGCCGGUUCAGAAGGAAAUGCUGAAGAUACAUUAGAGGAAGAAUGUGAAGAAAAAGGCGAUGCAAUGGAAAGUAAAAAGAAAUGUAUUGAGGUAGUCCCCUCUAACUGUUAGAAACUUGGAAUAGACACUGGCAACAACCUUAAAGUAUUCCCUCAAACAUAGUGGUCUUCUCCAACACAUCAAGACACAAGGUUCAAAAUCUGAGCUUUCCCGUGCACUCUUCAUAGUUCAUGAGAACUAGCAAAAUAUUUGUAUUCUUUUUGACGAAAACUGUUACCAGAUUUUGUAUUAGUUUUUUCUUUAAUAUGAAAUGUAGUGGAUUUUAGACAUAUUUUGUGAGGGAAAAUAAUUUUACAUAAUAUUAUGUAAUACAUAAUACAUAGUUUAGUUCA